AUGGCCUCGAAAAUUCUCGUGGUUGGUGGUGUUUACGGCCAAUUCCCUGCCGUGUUCAGCAAGAUAUCGGCACUGCAUGCUAAGAAUGCCUUCGCGCUUGCAAUCAUCGUAGGGGACCUAUUUGCGGAUCCCGUGACGGCGACAUCGCAAGACAAAGACAACGUGAAAUCCCUCAUUCACGGAAACAUUGAUAUCCCGCUCCCAAUCUACUUUGCUCUUAGCAAACAAGGACUCCCCGAAGAUGUCAUUGAGAAGCUAGAAAGCUCUGCUGGUGAACUGUGUUCCAAUCUCUAUUUCCUCGGAAAACGAACUACCAUCAAGACCUCUGAAGGCAUCCGUAUUGUUGCCCUUGGCGGGAACCUAGAUCCUAACAUCACUGGUGGUGCGUCGAAAGACAAAUACCCACCAUUCUAUGGCGAAGGGGAUGCGAGAGCCUUACGCGGAGCCAACACAGCCGACAUCCUAGUGACAAGCGAAUGGCCAGCAGGCAUCAGGACGGGCUCAAAAGUCGAGUUCCAGUCAGAUCUAGGAGAGCCACCAUCUCAGCAAUGCAUUGCCGAUCUAAGCUCGACUCUAAAGCCUCGCUACCAUUUCUCCACUUCUACGGACACUUUCUUCGAGCGCGAACCUUUCUUCCACGCACCAACUGAGGAAUCACCAGACACGUUCCCAAUCACCCGAUUCAUCAGUAUGGCUUCAUUCGGAAAUCCAAAGAAGCAGAAGUGGAUAUAUGCCUUCUCGCUAGAUCCAACUGCCGCAUCACCCGUCGCCGUCCCUGUCGGGGCAACUGCCUCGCCGUUGUCUAUGGCGGGCAAAAAGCGACCCGCGCAGCCGAGUCAAGCGUCGUCUUUUCGUUUUGCUGGCAGCGGCCAUGGCCGAGGAAAUAAGCGUCGUCGCGCACCUCCUACAGCUGGCGAAUGUUUCUUCUGUCUCUCGAAUCCCAACCUGGCAACUCAUCUCAUAACCUCAAUCGGAGACAACGCAUAUCUAACGACCGCCAAGGGACCACUUAGCACCGGACAGACAUUCCCCAAAUUGGCGUUCCCAUGUCACAUACUCAUCAUUCCACUGACCCACGAAGCUACCCUGGCGUCUAUCGAAGAAGAGUCUCGCCAUGCACUAUACGAAGAGAUGAACAAAUAUCGAAGCGCCAUCCAUAGCAUGCUCAUCUCCCUCGCCGGAUCAGAGCUAGGGUCAGUCACUUGGGAAGUCAGUCGAUCCGGCGGCGUCCAUACCCAUUGGCAAUUCCUUCCGAUAUCAGCAGAUCUUAUUCGCCAAGGGCUAGUAGAGGCCGCCUUCAAAGUGGAAGCUGAGAAUCAGAAAUAUCCGAAGUUCGAAGCCAGGGAUGUCGGUGAUGGCUCCGAAGAAUCCAAUGACUUCUUCAGAGUCGUCAUCUGGUCCAGUCCGGAAAAUGAUGAUAGCGAGGGCAAGGAAACGAGCCUCGUCCUUCCCCUGGAUGCAUCAUUCAGGUUCGACUUGCAGUUCGGACGGAGGGUUCUAGCCAAGCUUCUAGGGUUGGAGCAGCGUAUCGACUGGCACGACUGUGGGCAGACGCAUGAGCAGGAGGAAGCGGAUGUUGCGGCAUUCAAGUCCGCAUUCAGCGACUAUGAUUUCACUUUAAGCGACGAGUAG